AUGGAAGCCGAAAGACAUUCGACGCCGCCCCCAAAAUCGGGCGCUGACAAGCCCGAUGAGCUCCAAAGGGGUCCGCUCACUCCCGAACAGCUGCGGAGAAUUGAGAUCAAUCGUAUGAAAGCCAAGGCGAUCCGUGAACAAAGAGAGGCCGAGGAAGCCAAAAAAAGAGCUGCAACACCCAGCAGUUUGAGUAGCACCAGCGGGGUAAAGCGAACAUAUUCUUCUAUGACGGCAGAGACACCUGCGACAUUACGAGAUGCGUCGGCGAACCGUCCACUCGAUGCGAUCAAGCCAGCCCGCAAUUUCACCAAGUAUGUGGAGUAUGACUUUAGCAAGAUGACCGACACGAAAGGAGGUUUCUUAACUCAGGAGGAUGAUCCAUACAACACGGCGUUGAAUGUCCGAGAUGGCAAGGAGGAGCAGAAACCUGCGCAUAUGACGCAGAAAGAAUGGGAACGACAGCAACUGCUCAACUCCCUUCGCCGAGACCGAGCAGGGCCGUUCGAACCCGGACUGAGCGUAUUAGAGGAUAAAAGCAAACAGAAAACGUGCCGGGAAUGUGGAAGUCUUGAGAUUGACUGGAAGUGGGAGGAGAUACUCCGAUGUUGUGUAUGCCAUGCUUGCAAGGAAAAGUACCCGGAGAAGUACAGUCUUCUGACGAAGACGGAAGCAAAGGAAGAUUAUCUGUUGACCGAUCCCGAACUCCGCGACGAAGAGCUUUUACCGCACCUGGAGCGACCGAACCCUCAUAAGUCGACUUGGAACAACAUGAUGCUCUAUCUACGAUACCAAGUUGAGGAAUACGCAUUCUCUCCAAAGAAAUGGGGUUCCCCAGAAGCGCUGGAUGCUGAAUUUGAACGACGAGAGAACGAGAAGAAGAGGCGGCGGGAGGCCAAAUUCAAGACCAAGUUGCAAGAUCUCAAGAAGCGCACCAGGGUUGAAGCAUACCGACGGAAUCGUCAAGGUGCGGCCGGGGGAAAUUUUGGCGAUGAUCUGGGGAAAGGUGGUCGACAUGUACAUCAAUGGGGCCGAGCUGUGGAAGAUCCUGAGACGGGAAUAGGGGUCAAGAAAUGUGUUGACUGUGGCAUGGAGAUUGAAGAACUGGAAUUCUAA